AUUUUUCUUGAUGGAUGAUCAGGGAUUGACAAAGGAAGCACACUGUAAUGAACAGUGGUGCAUCCCUUGGUUUUAAUUCAUUCCCACGUCUUUCAAACAUACAGUCUGCAGCUUGACUCUUUUCUAGUUGCUAACCUAAUGUUCAGGACUUGUCGGCUCGGGAUAAACCAGGAAGAUGAAAAGUGCCAAGUUAUUUCAUUUGUACCAAAGUACAUUUUGCUGUUCAUACCUCUCCAAAACAUUUGAGAUACGAAGCAGACUCUCCAAACCGCUUCAGCACUUGGGAUGAUGGGACCUACAAUCCUGUCUCAAUGAGAAGGAUUAAAGGUUUGUUUUAAGAAAGGGAAGAUGAGGGCCUGGUGAAUCAACCAAGAGAGUGGGAAUGCUCCAGCAGGCAUUCUUAAGGCCAUCACCCACAGGGUGGUUACCGCUCUGCUCCUUGGCUGUUUUUUCACAAUCCAGAGGUCGCCGAAUGGCCUGGCACCAAGCCCUAGAUUCUAGCCUAGCGGCAUCUUCUGUAGCCCCUGGAAGCAGGAGCAGAUUCCUAAUUCACUCCCUCCACAGCGGAUUGAUGAAAACAGGCCCAAGAAGGCAGGUGGAGGAAAACAACGGUUCCCAUCUUUGUUUCAGCAACUUAAGGCUGCAGCCACGCAGUGUCCCGACUCGCACAAAACGGUGGGAUGGAGGAACAAGCUGGGUUUUCUUCUGCUGGACUUGGAAAUGUCCACUGCAAGCUAUCUUGUAUAACGUGGACGUUCCCACGGCAGCCUGAACUCCCUCCCCGUCUCCGGUUCCCUCUCUGGCUCCUGGCAUUCCAAAGGUUCUUGGCGGCUGUUCCUCUGGGCACCCACCCAGGAGCUGGCGGGGGCAAAGGAAUCUGCGCAGGCUGCAGCAGCAAGUCCAGGCCUGUUGUGGCUGUGAGAUCCAGCCCCUCGGCCUGCCCGUUGUUCUCUUCCUCGACAUGCUAGCGUCUGUCCCCGAAGCUUGCAAUGGGUCACACUUGGCUGAUUCUCUUCUUGGCCCUGGGCACUGCUCUUCUCGGCUCCGACGGAGGCGAGGAGCUGGCGACGGAGGCUCCGAGGGCACUUUGCCCUCUAGAUGACGACUUGGCGGCAUCGCAGGAGGGAGAGCUGCUGGUGCCCAGAUUUAGCAACUGCAUGCUGCGAUGCGCCUCCCACGCUUACCAAGCCUACAGAGCGGUACUGGCAACAGGCAGCGUCAAGAGCACGGUGUCGCUGAAGCUCAACGAAGGCAGGCAAGGGGCACAGGAUGAAUUCUGCUGGAUGCUUCACCUCCGUUGCCAGAGGGGGGUCCGUCUCACCAAAGCUUUCGUCCUGCUGAACUUGGAGCAGCCUCUGGAUCGGAGCAGGCCGUUCCCUUUCCGGCUCCUCCUCACUGCUCCUUCUUUGCCCCAUCACCUCUUGCAACCUUGUUCCAGGAGACGGGACACAAGGCUUUUGAACGGGGAAGCCUGCGGCAUCCGCUUCGAUGUGACAGAGCCUUUCCGCAGUGCCGAAGGAGGCCGGGAUGCGGAACUGUGCGUCAAAGUCGUGUGUCCUCUGGAGAAAGACGUCUGUGAGGCCCUGCAGUUCAGCCUGCGCUGCCCCCCCUUCCUGGCCACGCUGUGGCGGAGUCUGCCUCGCCCUGAUCGCUAAGCAGCUGGAGGGCUUCUUCUGCAAUGUAACAUGGGGGAAGAGAAGGGGUCUACAGAUCCCCUUGUCCACAUACACUCCAGUUCAGCUGCUGAGGCAAUCUUAGGACCAGUUUCACUGCAGGGUUCAUUUUUACUUGGCAAUGUUUACAUUGCCUCAAGCAGUAUGCGGGAUACGUGCUUGCGCACGCAGGCCACAGCUGUACACAUUUGUUCAUACAUAAUGCAAUAGCAUACAGUAAUGACAGGAAGCUAGUUUUCCCUCUGAGAAUGAAGCAUGGCAAAGCUCAGUGCUCAACAUGCCUCUUUCCCUUUCUACGUUGGGUCUCUAAUCAGAUCUUUCCUGCAAAUACAGAAAUGGGGUUCCCCUUACCCCAAAGACUCCAGGUUUUGCACCACUUUCCACCAACAUCAAGCAGUGACAUUGCCUUGAAAGGAUUUCAAACAGCAAAAACCACAGACCGCUGACUUUGAACACCUGUUCUCUUUCUCACCCCUACCUGAGAUUUUUUUUCCUGCUCCUCCAUGACAAGAUAUUCCUAAUCUUCUGCAGACUGGUUCAGCCACACUCUUUUUACAGGUUGAGGGGUUCUCUUCUCCACUGCGGUGUUUUUUUUAUCUUGGCUGUGUGCGAGGGGACAUAAGAAAAAUGUACUGGGCAGGACAGACUGAAUUCUUGAAAGGAAUUGUAAUCCUUGGAAAAGAUGUGGAAAAACCCUGAAAUCAGAUUCCUGUGUUCCCUCAUCAGAUGUAAUCUUCAAGGUUGGGUGAUUAUGACAUACAAUAUCUAUCUGGGUUGUGUUAUCUCCUACUCAUCGUUACUCCUUGUCUCUAUCCAUUCCUUCAUUUAUCUAUAGAGUUUUCCUGGUAUUGUUCUGGACAUCGACAGUUUUUGGCUAAGAUGUAAAUUGUACUUUCACCCAAGCUAUCUAAAAUAUUAAGGGGGGUAAGAGAAAUCCGUGAUAUUGCCCUGUUGUUGGAGGCCUUUGAAAUAAAACAAGCCUCUGCUGAAGUGUUCUCUGCUAUGUUUCUUUCUGAACCACCAGUGGGAUAUAAACGUGUUAAGUUUAUCUUCACUGCUUAAUUUAGUUUUAAUUCUUGUUUGGCAAUGGAGAGGCAAAGAGGGAGGAAAAAGCAGAAGACACUGGAUGAAAAGCAAGAAAGGGAAACUUAAUAUUGUUCCCGUACUAAUGAAGUAGGAAAAUAAAGCA